CACUCCUGUGGCGUAUCUAUACUCGUGUAAUCAAGCCAGAAACACGCCAUUGAACCGUAACACAGCUAUGAAAUGACUGCUGACACGUGUUUCUUUUAGCCUGGAGGUUUCAGCCAGCGUGUGAAUGCACCUGACUGUUGUUAAAAUGGAUUUUCCUCAACCGAACCUUAACGAAAACAUAACCAAGGGUAGAUUUAAGGGACACGUGGCAGUGGUGACUGGCGGAGCGUCUGGUAUUGGGAGGGAGUGCGUCAGGCGAUUUGCCAACGACGGAGCCUCGGUUGCAUUCUUGGACAUCAACAAAGACAGAGGUCGCGAGUACGAGGCAGAGGCACAGAGCGAGGGACACGACGUGACGUUUUUUAACGUUGACGUGACUGAUAGAAAGCUGUGUUUUGCGACCCUUAAUGCCAUAGCGCAACAGCAUGGCGGUAGCAUUAACUACCUUGUAAACUGUGCCGCCUGUUUUAUUUACAAAGGUCUAGAAGCCACGAAGGACGACUGGGAAAGGGUACUAGCAGUUAACGUGGAGGGGUAUGCUAACAUGGUACAGGCUUGUCAUCCUCACAUGAAGAAAGCUCCUGCCGGUGACAGGUGCGUCGUCAACAUAGCAAGUGGCAGCGCGUUUGUGACUCAACCUAACAAUUGGGUUUACCAGUCCUCUAAAGGGGCAGAGGUGGAGAUGUCCAAAUCUAUGGCCGUCAGUCUGGCCCGGGAUGGUAUACGGGUUGUUUCUGUGUCACCAGGAACGAUUUGGACCUCAUUGACCGCAAAUAUUGUCGACCACGAUAAAGAACUUGCCCAAUCCAUCUGGGGAAAGUCGCCCAUGUUACGUCGGUGUGGGGAGAGCGCCGAGGUAGCCGCCGUAGUCGCGUUUCUCUGCAGCAGGGACGCAGGGUUUAUCACGGGGACGGACGUCAAGGUGGAUGGUGGGUACACGGCUAUCGGGCCAGAUGGACACUCGGACGCUGUUGGACGGAAACAGACACUCCAUUCCAAGAGCACCUGUUGA